CUUUCGUCCCCCUGCUUCUCCCGGUCUUUACUCUCUUCCAACAAUUUACAGCUCUCGCUACUUCCUCCCUUCCUCGUAAGCCCAUAGUAGCUCUCGUCGUCGCCGUCAUUCUCGAAUAUGUGAAAGCAAAGACAUUUUCCUGAGGCCAUUCUAUUCCUGUAGAAAUAUUGGAAAAGACGGGGGGGUUUUUUGUAAAACUUCACGUUUUACACGAGAACCAGAGUAAGCAGUGACCCGCCGGAGUUACUGCCGCGAUCAUGAGCACGGAAAUCGGUAGUUGGGCGCUGCAGCCUCCGGCAGCGCCAAUACACCGAAGCCGACCGCCCACCGCAUGCGACCGCCACCCCAACGAACCCGUUAUUGGCUUCUGCGCUUCUUGUCUUCGAGAACGGCUUGCCGGCCUCGAAGCCGCGGCAGAAGCAGCCAGCGCCGCCGCAGCCGAUGUCCCGCGAAAGUCCACUUCCUCCGCUCUCAAGUCGGUAUUUUCCCGCUCCUCUGGCGUGCAAGCUUCCAAUGCGAACUUCAAUCUACGCUCUUCCUCAUACGGCCGACCGGAGCUCCGCCGCAGCAAGUCAUUUUCUGUAUCUCGGAUCCCUGGCUUCGCCGCAGCGUGUGAGCCCCAACGCAAGUCCUGCGAUGUAAGAGCCAGGAACACGCUGCUGUCUCUCUUCCACCAGGAUGAUGAGGAUCGUCCCGAAGUUGAUAUCGUCGAAGAAUGCCCUAAUUUUCCAGUGCCUGACGUAGAGGGGCGAGAGGAUAGCGACGAGAUUAUGUCGGCCACCGACGAGAUGGACGAAGAUACUGAGACGCCGGCGGUCGAUUUGAAGCCUAUAAAGGACCACAUUGUUUUUGACUCGCAAGCGAAGAAGAUUUCCCCCAAAGACGCCAAGGAGUUUGCCGGAAGCUUCUGGCUGGCCGCUUCCGUCUUUAGCAAGAAACUCCAAGAAUGGAGGAGAAAGCAGAAGCUCAAGAAGAAGCCUCCUUCCGAAAUGCAGCUGGAAAAGGCCGGAAACUCGUCGCAACGAGUUUGCGACACGCAGUCGGAAAUCGCUAUUGAUGCAUUUGGCCGGCGAUCCUGCGACAUUAACCCUAGGUUCUCCCUCGAUGCCACCCGCUUCUCCUUCGACGACCCUCGGCACUCCUGGGACGAGCCUAGGGCUUCUUGGGAUGGCUACCUCAUCGGCGGCAGCGGAGGCCGGUCACUGCUUCCUCGCCUGCCCCCAAUGCUCGCCGUCGCAGAGGACUUCCCUGUUCCUGCUGUGCAGCGCUUCGACGGUCUAAUCCCUGUUGAAGAAGAUUUAGCGGUUCCUGGCGGAUCCUCGCAGACGAGGGAUUACUAUGAGGGCUCUCAUUCCCGCGGACGAAAGAGCCUCGAACGCUCUAAUUCUACGCAAAAGCAAUCCUUCGAGAUGAAGUUGUCGAUCCCGGCAGCCAAUUCCAAUGUCAAAGGAUCACCUACGGUAAGCGCCGAGCUGGUGCAGACUUACCAUGCCGGAAAGCACGAGCGAGAUUCUCGAGAGUGGAGCUCAAAUUCACUAAGGGAUGAAUGUUCCGAGAACAUCGACAUAUCAUUCAGACAUCAAUCAAAGGUUCCACCUGCGAAGAAGUCACGGCGCUGGAGCAAAGCCUGGAGUUUUUUGGGGUUCAUUAACCGGCGAGGAGGAACUAGCAAUACCAGAGGCAAUGGGGUGGAGACAUCCUUCUCGGAGACUUGGCCGGAGCUAGGAACAGAUAUGUAUAAUAGAAAGAUUUGCAGAAGCAAUAGUACUGUGAGCUCGAGGAGUUCGUUCAAUGGACAUGGCGGAUUUGGGAGUUCGAGAAGGAAUGGAGUCGAGAGCAAUGGAAACAGGAAGAAAAAGAAGAAGAGGGAGGAAUUUGUACUGGAAAGGAAUCCAAGUUCGAGGUAUUCUCCAAGGCAUGUUGAUAAUGGAUUACUGAGAUUUUACUUGCCUGCGAUGAAAGGUAGCAGGAGGAGAAAGAAGUAUAGCAGUACUCAUUCCUUAACAGGUAGCAUGCUAAGAUUGUAUUGAAGAAGAUAGAGCUUUAUCUUGUUCAGAUUCAUGCUUAUGUCAGGAUUCUCAUGCAUAUUUCUGUUUAUGGUUCCUUCUGGUAACGGACGGAAUGGAUUCAAAAAUUUGCAUUUCGGGUAUCUAACGUCUAUCUGGUUAUUACUUCGAGUAAUCCUAUUUGUUCUUGUGAAUGAGAUUUUUGGUAAGCUGCACUCUGCAGGUAUCUGAAGUGUGUUCAUGACGAGGAUUGU